CCAUCUGUCGGUCGUCACUGUAGUAGUUCAAUGUGAGAACAUUUUAGGAUCCAGAAGUUUGUCCAGUUUUGAGAUCUGUGUAUUUUGUUGGUUCGCUUUUGAAUUAUUUUAGGACUUUUAUGCACUUUUGUUCAUAAAGACCUACAAUGGAGAUAACAAGGGGGGUCUUUCACGUUUUACUCGUACUGUUGGCGUUAGUCUUGGAGAAGUUUGCGGUGUUUGCUGCUUUCUCGCAGUCAAUGGACAGUGAUUUCACGUUCACUCUUCCUCCUGGUCGAAAAGAGUGUUUCUUCCAGACCAUGAAAAAAGAUGCCUCGCUGGAGAUUGAAUACCAGGUACUGGAUGGGGCAGGUCUGGAUGUGGAUUUCUACAUUGCUUCACCUACAGGUCAUGUGUUGUUCAAUGAUUACCGCAAAUCGGAUGGAGUACACACAGUUGAGACAGAGGAUGGAGACUACAUGUUCUGCUUUGACAACACAUUCAGCUCAGUGUCUGAGAAGGUCAUCUUCUUUGAGCUGAUCCUUGACAACAUGGACGCAGAUGAAGACCCAGAUGACUGGAAGGAGUACGUUCAUGGGACAGACAUGCUUGACAUGAAGCUAGAGGACAUCAUGGACACAAUCAACAAUGUGAAGGCUCGGCUGUCCAAAAGUGUUCAUAUUCAGACUGUGCUGAGAGCAUUUGAGGCUCGGGACAGGAACCUUCAGGAAAGUAAUUUUGAUAGAGUGAAUUUUUGGUCUAUAACCAAUCUCAUUGUAAUGGUAAUUGUAUCGGCGGUUCAAGUGUACCUUGUGCGCUCACUCUUUGAAGAUAAAAGAAAAAUUCGCACAUAACAUUUUCUUAUUAGAUUUCAAAAACAUAGUUUGCUUCUAAUAUAUUUAUCUUGUCAAGGUUGAAAAAAAAUGCACAAAUAAAUUUCACAUUUCCCCCAAAUUACUUGGCUUACUGAAGAAAAUGAUUAGGGACUGCAAUUUGUAUUGGCAUUUUUGAUAUAUUUCCAUACAAUUGGUAAAGGUGACAAGAAGUCUGUUAUAUUAUUUUCAAUUAAUUAACUGCUGGCCAAAUAUUUCUAUAGCAGAGUUGGUCUAUGCCAGUGUGCUGUCUGGUUCUCAAAUAUUUUUAAUAUAAAUGUUUUAUAUUUUAUGAAGAUGCCUUCAGGGUUGCAUUUGGAGUAGCUUCAUGUCCAUUAGGACCAUAGUAUUCAUGAAGUGAAAACAGUGUCCUAUUUUGAGCCAUUUUGCCACCUGCAGCAGCCUAAGGACCAUGAACAUAAAUGAAAAUAAAUGGAAACAUCACAGAAUCAUGUAAUGGCGAUUGCUCGAAAUUUCUUGGCUAAACUUGAGUGGACUUUGCUGCUGAGAACUCUCAUGGUUGCUGACAAGGGUCUGGUUACAAGCACCUACUAUGUGAAGAUGUCUGCCAUACUCUCUGGUGACAACAUGCUAUUUCUAUCGUAUGGAAACCUGGAAGGUCAUUACCACUGUUAUAUAUGUGCACUGUUCAGUUUAAUUAUAUGCACAGGCCAUUCAUUGCCUUGUCUGAUUUUAUUUUUAAAUUUAAGUGGGUUUUUAUUGUGCCAUUAUCAAACUAAAUGGUCUUUGCACUGCCUACAAUGCCAUCGAACAACAUCAAGUUUGUCUUUGAAUAUAAACUUGGGUAUACUCCUUGCAGUAAACAACACCUUUUAAUUCACAGAAGUUGUUUUGGGUUUUUUGACACUUUGAAAUAUCAGACUACAAUUUCUUGGUGUCAUAGUUACUGUUUUUUAUUGACGUUUACUGGGUAUCCGGUUUGAUCCUCCAGGUGGAGGGAUUCUUACUGUCAUCCUUCUGAGCAUUUUCUCUGUUAAAAUGACAUAAUGAGUUUGUGCAUGUACUAUUUAAAGGCUUUGAUUUCUAAAACAAUUACCCAGUGGUUCUGUCAUUGGUAAAGUAUAUUUGCUUAUGCCUGUUUAAUCAAGAACCUCAUUUAUUGUUUUCAUAAAACCCUAUGCAGGGCUUUUACAGAUUUUCUGUUACUUUUAUGUACAUGUCUUUUAUGAGGUCACGCUAUUCACGAAGGAGAAAGACUGACCACAUAUUUAUUCUGUUCAUGUUCAGUUAACAGUAAAGUGUGUAAAUUAAAUGAUUUUAAGAAAUAA